AAAUCACGCUCCUCUCUGCUCUCAGCUAUCGCGAGAUUCCUAUUAGCGAAGCGUAGCAGCGGCUUGCAGUGACCUCAUCAGCAGCUGCAGCGUGAGGCGGAGCAGCAACUUUUGUAUGAACUUCGAAGUUGAAUAAUUGUGAACGAGACGCUGAGGCCAACGGUACUGCUGCUGGAGUAGAUACAACAAUACGCUGCAAAAUCUCCCGCGACAAACGGGAAAACAGCAGGAAUAACGGCUGCACACAGACUGCACUUAGCUGGCGAUUAUUACGAGGCGGAGAGAAGCUUGUGUCGGACUUUUAUCGGAAGAUUUUGUGGGAGAAGAGACCGCACGAGAGCAGCGGGAGGUGGAGAGCGAAGAAGCAGGAAAUAUGCUGUGCUGUUUUUAAAAGGUGUGAGCAGAGGGCCAUGGGUGAGGCUGACGAUGUGGAAUGAGUGAGAGGGAUCUGGACUCAAUAGAGUUCUGCAAAAAGGGAUGAGAGGAGGAAGGUUGGAUCACCUAAUGGUCGCCACACAUGCCUGAUUCGGGUUCACUUUAAAGUUCACUUUCAUCCCGCUAUUUUCUGUCCUCCAUUCUCUGGCCUCUCCAGCUGAGUGGCUGCCCAUGUUCCCUAAGCUUCGUUAUUUCAGCUACACUGCGGGCAUGCUCCAGUGCUGAGCUCCGCCACUUAGCCGUACCAUGACCAGUCUAAAGCGUUCACAGACCGAACGGUCUGUGGGCGGCUCCGUUCCCGCCACAGAUGAGUUUUAUACUCGGCGUCUACGCUUGCCCAAUGGUGGUGCUCCGCCUCCUCGCAGCGAGAGCACACACUUGACUGGCACGCCUGGAGUUCCCAAAAUGGGCGUUCGAGCACGGGUCGCCGACUGGCCCCCCAGGAAAGAUGGCGGCAGUGGAGGAAGUGGAGGAGGGGGAGGAAAUGGAGGUGGGGUGUGGCACAUCACAGUGGAGACGGAUUCCCCCUCCACCACCACAGGAAGUGCCCAGAGUAACUUGUCAAGCAAGCUCGGCCACCUGAUCAGCCCUCAGGACUCAUCCAUGCUGCGCAACAUUCACAACACGCUGAAGAACAAGAUGCAUAGUAAAGGCAAAGACAAUCGCUUCCUCUCACCCGAUGGCUAUCUCGGGUCACCCCGCAAGGGCAUGCGUCGUAUUCGGCAACGCAGCAACAGCGACAUCACCAUUAGUGAACUGGAUGGUGAUGGCAGUGAGGGCUGGUCUUUCUCAGGAUGGACGCCCAUGCAUCGAGAGUAUGGCAGUACCUCAUCUAUUGACAAGCACGGCGUGUCUGGCGAAAGCUUCUUCGAUAUGCUCAAAGGCUACCAGACGGACGCUCCAGACCAACGCAGCCCUGCCCCUGAAAAGUUAAGCGAGUUACUUACAGUAGCCCAUAAACAAACUGCCCUUGACUUGCCUGACGGACCUCUUGGUCCUCUUCGUGGCAGUCCCGCCAGUCGUCUGAAAGAAAGAGAAAAACACAUGAAGCGGCGUUCAAAGUCGGAGACGGGUGGGGAGUCCAUAUUCCGCAAGUUGCGUAGCGUCAAAGCCGAAGGAGAUUCAUCACGUGCAGGUUCUGACGCAGAGGACGGAAAGUCUGAUGAUAUGGGUCCCCCUCCCAAACCAUGGGUCUGCCAGAAAGGUUUCGCGCACUUUGAUAUUCAGAGUAUUCUGUUUGACCUGAAUGAGGCUGUGCAGAGUCGGCAAAGUGCUGUUAAGCGGAAGAACACCACCACCGGUGCCUCUGCUGCAGCUGCGGCCUCUGCCUCCAACACUUCAUCCCUUUCAUCUACCCAAAGCGGAGCUUACAGCUCCCCUUGCGGCAGCCAGGAAGAGCUCAACAUCAAGGAUGGGCCUUCUCUUGACUCGGGUGAUGACAAGAGCAACGAUUUGGUUCUCAGCUGCCCGUGUUUCCGGAACGAAAUUGGAGGUGAAGGAGAGAGGAACAUCAGCCCUUCAAAGCAGGGUAGUAUCGGCAGUGGCGCCUCCAGCUCUUCAAGAGAUGAAGAAGGAUCCCCUGAAAGAGCUCCCAACACACAUUUCAGCAAUGCAGGGGUGGCUGUUCUUGAAUCCCCCAAGGAUGGCAAAAGUCUCCACCACGAUCGUGGAAAGAGCAACAUAGUUGAACAUGUGGACUUGGGUGCCUAUUAUUACCGAAAAUACUUUUACUUGAGAGAGCACUGGAACUACUUAGGUGUUGAUGAGACACUGGGACCUGUAGCUGUCAGCAUUCGUCGGGAAAAACUGGAGGAUCACAAAGAACACGGCCAGCAGUACAACUACAGAAUCAUCUUCAGAACCAGCGAGUUAACAACCUUACGGGGCUCCAUUUUGGAGGAUGCUGUGCCCUCCACCUCCAAGCAUGGCUUGGCUCGAGGGCUGCCUUUAAAGGAGGUGCUGGAUUACCUCGUACCUGAGCUCAAUGCUCACUGCCUCCGACUUGCUCUAAACACACCGAAGGUCACAGAGCAGCUGAUGAAACUGGAUGAGCAGGGGCUCAGCUUCCAGUUGAAAGUGGGAAUCAUGUACUGUCAGGCCGGCCAGAGCAGUGAGGAGGAGAUGUACAAUAAUGAGGCAGCAGGUCCCGCCCUAGAAGAGUUCCUGCAGUUGCUGGGGGAAAGGGUGCGCCUUAAGGGUUUUUCCAAGUACCGUGCCCAACUGGACACUAAAACGGACUCUACUGGAACACAUUCUUUGUACACAAAUUUUAAAGACUAUGAGAUCAUGUUCCACGUGUCUACAAUGCUGCCCUACACGCCCAAUAACAAACAGCAGCUGCUAAGGAAAAGACACAUCGGAAAUGACAUUGUCACAAUCGUGUUUCAAGAGCCCGGAGCAAAGCCCUUUAGUCCCAAGAACAUCCGCUCACACUUUCAGCAUGUCUUUGUGGUUGUACGCGCACUCAACCCGUGCUCUGAAAAUACCUGCUACAGUGUGGCAGUGGCUCGCUCACGAGAUGUACCUGCCUUUGGUCCACCUAUUCCUGAGGAUGCUACAUUCCCAAAGUCCACAGUCUUUCGAGAUUUCCUUCUGGCUAAGGUCAUCAAUGCUGAAAAUGCAGCCCACAAGUCAGACAAGUUUCGCGCCAUGGCCACUCGGACACGGCAGGAGUACUUGAGGGACCUGGCUGAGCGGCACGUUACGAGCACGCCUAUUGAUCCCUCUGGCAAAUUUCCUUUCAUUUCUCUGGCCCACAAGCGUAAGGAGAAGACCCGGCCCUACCUUGGCGCGGAGCUUCGGAGCCCAGGGGCCAUCACCUGGCCUGUUUAUGCCGAGGACCAUGGGGCCGGAGGAGAACUGGAGGCCCUGCUGGCCAUUUCAAAUGACUUUCUAGUGCUGGUGGACCCAGAAGCCAAGGCUGUUGUAUUCAACUGCGCUGUCCGAGAUGUCAUUGGUUGGACGCUGGGAAGCCCUGCUUCCAUGAAGAUCUACUAUGAACGUGGAGAGAACAUCUCCCUACGCUCCAUCAAUAACAACACAGAAGACUUCCGUGAGGUUGUCAAACGUUUAGAGCACCUAACUAAAGGCUGUGAAACAUCUGAGAUGACCUUGCGGAGGAAUGGGCUGGGCCAACUUGGCUUUCACGUUAACUAUGAGGGCAUCGUGGCAGAGGUGGAGCCGUACGGCUAUGCCUGGCAAGCAGGGCUGAGGCAAGGCAGCCGAUUGGUCGAAAUUUGCAAGGUGGCUGUGGCAACACUUUCACACGAGCAGAUGAUAGACCUGCUUCGCACCUCAGUCACAGUGAAAGUUGUCAUCAUACCACCCCAUGAGGAUGCCACACCUCGCAGGGGCUGUUCAGAACUGCACCGUAUGCCAGUCGUUGAAUACAAAGGCAGCAAUGAGAGCGGCUCAUUUGAGUACAAGUUUCCUUUCCGGAGCAAUAACAACAAGUGGCAGCGCACCUCUUCCAGCCCACAGCAGUCCCUCACUGCCUCACCUCAGAGUCACAGCGGGACCCCGAACCGUGCUGUCAGCCUGGGGGCCAGCAUGGGCAAGACCCUCUCUGCGGAGCGGCCAGAAAGAGCUGCUGCCAUUCCCCGCAGUGUGUCCAGUGAUGGUCGACCCCUGGACUCCAAAAGGAUGUCUCCAGGUUCUGAGAACUAUGCCCUGACCUCCUCUCUCAUGUUGGGCCGCUCGCCGCACAACCGCAGUUCCCCCAGUAACCUCUCUUGUUCCAGUGACACGGGUUCAGGCAGCUCUGCUCACUGGAGGCAGAAGUCCAUGCCUGAGGGAUUUGCACACAACAGGCACUCUCCUCUCCCAGCGGAGCGGCAAAUGGCGGCAGAGGGAGGAAGCAGUGGCAAGUCAACCCCCAGCUGGCCCAGAGUGGAGGACAGCUCCGACAGACCACCAUCAGAUGCUCCAGUCACUAAACCUAGCUCGUCCUACUCAGGCGGCCCACGCAUCCAGAGACAGGAACAGGUCAUUCACCUUUCACCCAAGAAGGGCAGCCAGUCUGAAGGUCCGUACUCCCACUCCAGCAGUAAUACGCUCUCCAGUACCACGUCUAGUGGGGGUCACAGCGAUGACAAGUGGUAUGAUCUGGGUAGUGGAGGGAUGGGAGAGCAGCCUGAAGCUGAGCCGAACGGUCUGGGUGGCGGUGGCUACCUGCAGGGUGCUUCAGCUGACAGUGGCAUCGAUGCUACAUCAUACGGCCCUACCCAUGGGAGUUCCAGCUCUCUGCUGGCUGUGGGUUCUGCUGGGGCCAGAGAAAGAGCCCCUUCACCCUGGCACAGCCCCACAGAAGGGGGCCGGAGGGUGCUUGAGAGGUCCCCUCCCGUUGCAGAGUCCCCAGUGUCCCCUGCUGAUGUUCCGCCUACUACCCGAAGCCCACCGACCCAUCUACUGGUCCGGGAUGGCAGUUCUUACAGUCUGAGUGACAUGGCCUCCCAUUCUAGCACACGCCACUCUGUCAGCCCUGCAGUCCUGAGCUCCAGCCACAGCUCCCCACGUGAAGAGUCUUCCUCGGCCACCUCCCCCUCCUCCUCUUCCUCCCAGAGCUCAGUGUCACCUGGCCCCAAGAGUUUCUAUCCUCGCCAAGGGGCCACUAGCAAGUACCUGAUCGGCUGGAGGAAACCGGGCAGCACCAUCAACUCUGUGGACUUUGGGGACACACGCAAAAGACCACAGGGUGAGGGGACAGACGCUGGGUCUUCUCAAUCGAGGCCCUCUCUUAGGGAUCUACACUCUCCUCAAGCCAUGUGCAAGUCUACAGUGGAAGAAGAUCUGAAGAAACUCAUCACACCAGAAAGUCCCCCAUCCAUUCAGCACAAGGAAAAGUCCUCCUCCUCAGGUCUAGCAAGUUCAGGGCGGCGUUCUCUGCACCGCACCCUGUCAGAUGAGAGUAUAUACCGGGGUCAGCGGCUGCCGUCUCUGGGAGAUUCAGUUCUGGAGCAGGCUCUGGCCAGUGACGUGCUCUUCAGCUGCUCUACCCUUCCACGAUCGCCGACCACCCGUGGCGCCCCUCUGCGCAGACCUUCCUACAAAAUGGGCAUCAAGAUGCAUGGUGACCUCUCAGCGUCUGACACCUCUCUAGCAGACCUGCACGAGCGGCACAGGCUGCCUCCUCCUGAACUGGGUCUCAUGCCUCUCCCGGACACGGACACAGACAGCGGCCUGGACUGGACCCACCUUGUGGAUGUUGCCAAUGCUUUCGAGGGUGAGAGAAGACCACAGCGCAUGCAAAGAGGGUUUAUGUUUAGUUCUCAGGACGUCAGUCAGAGAGGAGAGACUUCACUCAGUCCUCAGCAUCUAGAGCUGCAGCCAGUGCCCCACACCAGACUCUCCCCCAGUGAGGGGCCUUCAAGCUACAGUGGGAAGGUUUCUCAGCUGGAAGCUUUGGUGAAGAUGUUGCAGGAGGACUUGAAGAAAGAAAGGGAAGAGAAAUUGAAACUUCAGGCACAAAUUAAGAGGCUUUGGGAGGACAAUCAGAGGCUGCAAGAAGAGUCUCAAAGCUCUGCUGCCAAGCUCAAGAAGUUCACAGAGUGGGUCUUUAACACCAUCGAUCUGAACUGAGCCAUCUGCAGAAGACAGUCAAGAUCAAUAGACUUCUCGAGGACCAGACAGACAUGGGAGAGACUUUUACUCCCAUGUGUGACCGGAUUGAGAAUUGUCCAUUCACAAUUCAACACAAUUUGUUAUUCACAUUAGCAUUCCUCUACAAACUCUCAACACAUCUGUGGCGACAUGGCUGACAUGGCUCAAAGUCAGGGAAGGGCAAAAAAAACAAAUCUUCAGCCCUUUUCUGUGAUGACUUCUCCACUCUAGAUCCCUUGGGACAUCAUUAGAAGCACCCACAGGAGUAACUAGUAACUAGUAACUAACUGUGAUGCCAGUCUCUGCCCUCCAGGCUGUUCCAUUCUUGUCCCUCCUCUGCCCUACUUACAACUGACAAACUGACAUUUGGUUCCAGUCAUUUGGACAGUGCUUCUGCCCUGCCCCAUGAAGACCCCCUGCCUCAGAGCCCGAAGACUCCUCUGCUACACAACCACAUUUCAGCGCCAUGUCGUGAAAUUUUGCGGCAUCAUUGUGAUUUUGGAGUGCUUUCCCCUCAAACUGUAAAAAGUCUGUCUGCAUGUUCCAAUCUACAAAUUCCAUGUGCCGCCCUGAUCUUCGGAUACCAUUUGCGUUUCACAACAAGGAACGCACCUUUUUUUUCUGAAGGUGGCAUGAAGUGAUUUGCUCAUAAUGAAGUCAAAACUUGUGUUGUGUUAUGAUGUUUCAUCUCAACAUCGAUCAAAGCAAUAGCAGGGAGUCUGAAUCCUUGUCCUUAAGACUGGACUUGCGCAAAAAACAUAACGACUUUGGCAAUAUUCUGCCUUGAUUCCUCUCGAGUACAUCUCAAAUCUGUGGUACGAACACUGAUGAUCCUACAAGUCUGGAAUUUAAGGACAUGUCUUAUUUUGGGAACAGUUCAGUUAUUUAUUUCAUUUAUGUUAAGAGUAAACAAUUUCGAUUCUCUAUGCGUGCAGUACAACGGACAUCUGUGAAUAGCGUUCCAUUUCGGAAGGGGAUGUCACUUCUUUUGGACUCUGUUUUUAUUUUUGGUAUUAUUUUUAUUUCUAGUAGAGUUCUGCCUGAGCUGCACAGUAUCUUUUGUUGUGCAAGUUGUGGUGCCCUAGUCUGCUAUUGUGUUGCUUUAGUGCCAUCUAGUGGUAAUAAGUGAUCGUCUCACUUGACUUCAGCUCUAAUCUAUUCCAGUUUGUUUCCACGUUGCCUAUACACACUCAUAGUGAUGGAAACCUUCCAUUCAAACAAGAGAUAACGCUGUAAAAAGCAGACACGGGUAUUGGAUUCAAUAUCAGGGAUGGGAGGAGGUGCCUUUCUGAGAAAAGGGAAAAAAGGAAGCAGA